UUUUUUUUUUUAUGAAAAUAAAAAUAUUCAAUGUGAAAACCACUUAUUUUCCAUACAGUUAAGGUUGAGAAUUCUUUAAUUAUAAUUUUUAUACGCUGAGUAUAUUAAAUGUAAGAACAAGUUAUCGGUUGUAUUGUGGAAGUUAUGACGGUGGCCGCUAAAACGGAGAAAUGUCUUGUAUUAAUGCUUUAGUAUUAAUUUUAUUAUUAAUACAACCACUCCUCAUAUCCUCAAGACCUUACAAUACCUUCUGCUCCAUCCCCUGUCCCGUAACAGAACCCUGCCAGAACCCAUGGAACGGGUAUGGGAAAAACGAUUACUAUGCCAGAAGCGACUAUGGAAGGACCGACUGCUGCGGCAGCUCACCAAUCAACCUGAACAUCUACGCGUAUGGAGAAGACGCAGAGUAUAAACCGAAUCUACCUAAUGCAUCCCCAUCACCCCCACCAUCCCCGCCAUCACCACCACCUCUGCCGGGGCCGUCAAAACCACCAUCACCCCCUCCGCCACCGCCACCACCCUCACCGUCUGCCCCACCAUCAAGAAGGUCCGGAGAUGAUGGCAGAAGAAGCAACCUUUUCACAUCUCUAUUCAGCGUACCUGGAGCCAUCGCGGAUUCGUUACUUAGUGGGGAAAUUAAAUUUUAACUUCUGUAAACUUCGAUAUAAAACUCUUUAAUCAUUCCA